AAGCUCUCCCCUCCACCUCUCCCCCACCCCCCAUCGGUCGCGAAUUUGCUAAAUCUUGAUGUGCCACUCUGCCUCGCGAACCACGGCGAGGCCCUCCGACGGCCCCGGCUUCAGAAGUCAAGCUAGCCUCCAGCACAUGCUUCCAAUUGCCGCGACGCUCCCCAAUGUUCCUGCCGAUGGGGUCUCGGUGUGCGCUGCAUGCAGUGCCAGGAGUCCCUCCGCCGUAUUGAGCGAAACCGGCCAUCGCCACUCGGAAUCCUAUCAAGCUCUUGCUGCGUCUUGCACUUGAGGUUGUCCCCAUGUGCCUGCUUCUGGUGCAGACGCUGCAGACCUACGCCGGAAUCGGCAACCCCGACCAAGCUAUGGUGCUUCUCAAACCCGUACAUUACAGGGAGACUGAUAUGCUUGCGUGCGAGGUCGAAGACUCCUCCGAGCGACAUCUGCACCCUGAGCGUUACGAUUGAAAACUAUUUACCUCAACUACACAAUGUUGGACUGAGCGUGUAUGGGCUUCUAGGAACCGCAGCUGCCAAGCAAGGUUUCCGCUCGCGGGCUCCGUUUGGGGAGCCCGAGAGAUUUCAAGCGAUCAGGGCAUGGCUUGCGACGCAAUGGAGCAAAGCAGGCGACGCCAGCCGUCAUUCGCCGUUGCCUACACGUCUUAUCAUGGUUGGAAACACAUUUCGAUGCAGGAGUGCGUCUCGUGGAAACGGCUUCUCUUCCGACAGACUCGAAGGACCAAGGAUACACUGCCCUCAGCUACCGGUGGGGAACUACCAACUCGCUCACGACAACCGUUGAUACGAUUCAGGAGCGCAUGAGACACAUUGCCGUCGACCAAAUGCCUCGGACCAUUCGUGAUGUGGUCCAAGUCACGCGACGUCUUCGUAUCCGCUACCUCUAGGUAGACUGUCUGUGCAUCAUCCGGGGUGAUAGAGAGGAUUGGUCUCAGGAAGCGGGAAGAAUGGGCGACGUAUACAUGCACGCCUACUGUACCAUCGCCGCCCAAGCAGCG